AUGGACGGCGUAUCCCCGCGAACGAUACCCCCAGCGCCGAAGGUACCAGGAUAUCGAAGACUGAUGACGCCGGCGCAGCACGAGAGCUACAGUGCUGCUUUGGGGGAACUGGCGGAGCAGGAAGCGGGCAGAGGGGAAGAAGGCGAAGGCGAAGGCGAAGGCGGGGCGCUGUUCGCGCGGUACAUGCUUGAUUUCCAUAUCCAUGUGCAUUAUCUCUCGCGGCGGGGGCUGUUGACGCUGUGUCGGGAUGUGGAGGAGGUUCAUGAGAUGCGGCGGUGGAGGUGGAGGGUUGCGUUGGUGGAUGAUGUGCUUGCUGGCGUGGAGUAUCCGGGGAAGGGAUGUGAAAUGAAGAGAGGGGUGAGGCCGCCGAACGAGAAUCCGCAUCUAUCGAUGUAUCAGAUGGCGCUGUGGAGGCGGAAGUGGAUGGCGCGGCGGCAGCGGGUGGACGAGGUACGGCUCAAGUGGGCGGCGAUUGUCGAGGAGAGACGAAGGCAAAGGGCCGCUGCGGCCAGGACAAUCAAAGUGAGGUUGCACUGUUCGCGGGAGGGAUAUAAGACUUUCAUCCGCGAGGUCGAGGGUGUCAACGCUGGCAAAAAGACAGAACGGGACAGACGACUGAAUGACACCAACUGCAUGCUGGGCCCGGGAGAGACUGAAAGAGACUAA